UUUAAUGCAGCAUAUAUCAAUGAUGACGUCACAAUCGGAGCACUCGCGGAAACUUGUGAGACACACAUCACACAUCGCUCGUUUGGGCGUUGUUUACUCCCAACGUUCAUAUGCGAUUUCAUUGAAAGCUUGUAAAAGUUGUAAAAGUAUUUAAAAAUCGAUUCUCCUUGCAAAUAUACCCAAAAAGUGCUGAAGACUUUGUGUUAUAACAAACCUUUUUAAUUUAUAAUACAACAUAAAACAGGCUUACUACGAAUUGUAGAAAGGGGAAGAAAGCAAAGAUGCAAAGUGUUCACUGAAGCUAUAAAGUGUUUUAUAAAAUAGGUUUUAGAUUCGACAUCACGAUCCGGAUUGAUUCGAUCAAGAAAAGAAAAAGAAAUAGAAAUGAUUACCCUUUCGCGCGCGGUGACGCCGAUCAUUGUCGCGUGCUGGUUAUACUAUCAGCUGGGCGUUGUCGUGGUCGGUCAGUACGAAUGGCACACCCGCGACGCCUUCGACGAGAUUCGCAUGCGAAUGGACAAGGUGAACGAGGACAACUGUCAGAUUCAGCAUCUCGGCGAUUUGUAUCUGCCGGAAGAUGCGGUGUCACAUCAGCCCGACAUCAAAGAUAUCAAUAUCAAUCCCGUGUUUCCGAAUCGCACGGCCUUGUUGCACCUUCAUAAUAUGGCGCUUAGCAGGAGCUUCUUCUGGAGUUAUAUUCUGCAGUCGCGAUUUAUCCGGCCAGCGAUCAACGACACUUACGAUCCAGGCAUGAUGUACUACUUCCUAUCUACGGUGGCGGAUGUCUCCUCCAAUCCGUACAUCAACGCCUCGGCCAUCUACUUUUCGCCCAACAUGUCCUAUUCGCCAUCCUAUAGAGGUUUCUUCAAUAAAACUUAUCCUAGAUUCGCACCUCGCACCUUCAGAGCGGACGACUUCAAUGACCCUAUACAUCUAGAAAGAAUAUCUACUAGGAAUACAUUCACCGUGCAAGAUUUAGGAGCAUUUCCCACUACUAGGCUCAGCGAUGACUACACUACUGACUUUUAUCGUAUAAACGAAUGGUACAAAAAAUGGUUACCAGAUAAUGUGGAUAAAAGACAUGAUACUAAAACAACUUACCAAGUUGAAAUUCGUUAUGCCAAUAAUACAAAUGAAACAUUUUCUUUCCACGGUCCACCUGGUGCUGAUGAAUAUCCUGGUCCUGUAAAAUGGACAAGACCGUAUUUUGAUUGUGGUCGAUCCAAUCGAUGGGUUGUAGCUGCAGUAACACCUAUAGCAGAUAUCUAUCCGCGACAUACUGGUUUCAGACAUAUUGAAUACCCAACGUAUACUGCUGUCUCAGUGAUGGAAAUGGACUUUGACAGAAUAGACAUAAAUCAAUGUCCCAAGGGUAAAGGAAACAGUGGUCCUAAUAGAUUCGCCAAUACCGCCAGAUGUAAAACUGAUACUACAGAGAUUUUACCUAAUUUAUUUCUACAGUGUGUACCCAUUCUUGGGAGAGGAUUUGAGACAGGUGGAUAUAAAUGUGAAUGUAAGCAGGGCUUUGAAUAUCCAUUUGAGGAUUUAAUUACAUAUUAUGAUGGGCAAUUAGUCGAAGCUGAAUUUAAUAAUAUUGUAAAUGAUCAAGAAACCAGAUAUGAUAUGUUUAAAUGUCGAUUGGCUGGUGCUUCGUCAAUUCAAGCCAGUUGGGUAGUUCUACUACCAACCCUGAUAAUAUUUUUUCAAAAUCGAAGAAGGUAAAUAUAAAAUAUAUACAUACAUACACAUAUACACAGUGUGUUUGACUUAAAUGUUACACGUGCAUGUGACACUUAAAAAUUUUCGUUUAGGUCUCAUUAUCUAGAUUUUCUUUUUUAAUUUUCAUUUAAAGAAUUUUUUUAUAACUUUAUUAGUUAAAAAAAUAAUCUUAACACUUCAAUUCAAUAAAAUCAAACACAUUGUGUAUAUAUAUAUAUACACACGCACACACAAUAAUAUUAAUGAAGAUCUGAGAAAAAAUAUAUAUAUUAUAUAUAUAUAGUUCGUAAGAUUCAAUAUUUUGUAAAACACUCUAUUGCUGCAUUUCUAUUGCUGCUUUCUACAUCAGCAACUGUAAUCCAUGCCGUCCAUUAUAAAUGUAAAUUAAGUUAUUAUUACUAAAAAUAGAUAAAUGAAGAUUACAAAUUAAGUCAUCGAAUAAAAUUUUUGUAAUGGCAG